AGCCACGCUGGCCCAGGCGCCCGCGCAUACCCCGCGCGCCUUCCCCUCACCCGCGGCGGCAUGGUGCUCGCGUCGUCAGGCGCGGCGGCCGCGUUCCUCGCCGCCCCGCGCUGCCGCGCUGCCGCCGGCGCGGGCGUGGAGGCCUCGCCACCGCCUGGCGGCUGCGAGGACUUCAUCUCCGCGGCGCCGCUGGCGCCGCGGGCCCGGCGCGCGGCGGCGCGCUCGGCCUUUCUCGCCGAGGCCACGGCGCCCCGCCGCGGCGGGGCCCUGCUGGGCAGCGGGUCGCUCCAGCGCGCGGCGGCGCGCUCGGCCUUUCUCGCGGAGGCGGGCCCGUGCGCGGCCCCGCUAGCGCCCGGCCGCGGCGGGGCGGCGGCGCGCUCGGCCUUCCUCGCGGAGCCAGGCAAGGACGAGGGCGAGGCCGAGAGCGGCGCCAGCUACACGCUGCAGCGGGCGGAGGCCGUCGCUGCGAUGUCGGCGAGGGCGGCCAGGUACUCCUGGGCGGCGGUGGCCAUCGCUGGCGUGACGGCGGCCCUGACCACCUGCUGCGCCAUGGUAGACUACUUCGCCUACCGGCGGGAGGCCCACCGCCAGCAGGACAGGGAGAAGAGGCUGCAGGAGACGGGCUGGCCAGCGCAGGCCGACGUGCAGGCACUGGCGCAGGCCGUGCGCGUGUGAGGGGCCGCCGUCUGUGCGAUCGACUGCAUCGCCACCUCGCUGCGCGCUCGCGCGCACGCCUGGCCAGAGGUGAUUCUGCUCCCCUCCUCCUCCCGUCGGUGCCGCUGUGGUUCGUUCUGGCAGCGUGCUGCACCCCUCCACCAAGGCCAACAGCCAGGGGUUAGGGAGGAUGGAGAAAGUGGUCGGACGAAAAAGGACGGGGGAUCUGGAAAGAGGUGAGGGGUACGAAACCUGCUGCGUGCAUCUGCAGGGCGUAUCUGUUGGCACCUCCCUCGUCCGACCUGGUAAGAGCAGUUGCGCGAUGUGAUUCUCUACUCCUCCCCCUUUGCUAUCCCCCACUUCGUCCGACCCAGGAAUAUGGUGGAGUGGCGGGGGGGAGAGGCAGGAG